AUGGCAGACCUGACCCCCACACACAUCAGCUGGCAGCCAUCAGUGAACGCAGCCAACCACCACACUGACAGAUAUGCCAACACCGAGCUGACCGUGAGGAGAGGACAAGGCUUCACCAUCACCCUGUACUUCAACAGGCUGAGGCAGAAUGGGGAGAGCCUGGCAUUUGUCACUGAGAUAGGGCCAUACCCCUCGGAAUCCCAUCGCACCAGGGCUGUGUUUAACCUCUCUGAGGCCGGGCCCAGUGGCUGGAGUGCUGCCCAAGGACCCAGCGAGGCCACAGCCACCAACUUUGUGAUAACCAGCCCAGCCAACGCUGUCAUCGGGCGAUACAACCUCACCCUCCUGGUAACCUCAGGGAACAAGAUCUCCUCCAGAUACCUGGGGCAGUUUGUGUUACUCUUCAACCCUUGGUGCACAGGUGAUGAUGUCUUCAUAGCCAAUGAAAAUGAGAGGCAAGAAUAUGUUCUGAAUGAAAACGGAAUAAUCUUUGUGGGCAACGCAAGGUACAUUGAAGCAAGAGCAUGGUAUUAUGGACAGUUUCAAGACCUUCUAAACAUCUGCCUCACCAUGCUGGAUCUGAGCCUGUACUACCGCCAGGACCCAGGCAUGGACGUGUCACGGCGAGGAGAUCCCAAAUACGUGGGCCGAGUUAUCAGUUCUAUGAUCAAUGGAAAUGAUAACGACAACGGAGUUCUCCUGGGAAAGUGGCAAGGAAGCUUCCACUCUCAUGAGAAUCCAUCCAGGUGGGAUGGCAGCGUGGUCAUCCUCAAGAAGUGGCGCCAGGACAACUACAGGCCCGUUCAGUACGGCCAGUGCUGGGUGUUUGCAGGUGUGAUGUGCACAGUUCUGAGGUGCUUGGGGAUUCCAACCCGUUUGGUUUCCAAUUUUAACUCUGCCCAUGACGUGGAUAGAAACCUGAGUAUUGACAAGUACUAUGACAGCUCUGGAAGGAGUCUUAAUAUCAGCAAGGAUUCCACAUGGGAUUAUCACGUCUGGAACGAAAGCUGGUUCGUUCGCCCAGACCUGGGAAGGUCGUACAACGGGUGGCAGGUUUUAGAUGCGACCCCGCAAGAACAAAGCAAAGGGAUUUUUCAGUGUGGCCCUGCCUCCGUCGUAGCCAUCAAAGAAGGCGAGGUGGACUUGGAUUACGACACCUUGUUUGUGUACACGGAGGUGAACGCUGACUGCAACAGGUGGAUCGUGUACAACGAUGGCACCAAGAAAAGGGUUUAUUGUGAUACUGAAAUCAUUGGCAGGUUCAUCAGCACCAAAGCCCUGGGCAGCAACGCCCGGGUGGAUGUCACCGCUAACUACAAAUAUCCGGAAGGCUCUUCCGAGGAAAGACGUGUUUACAAAAAGGCCUUGGCCAAGAUAUUGGGAACGAGUGUCACAGAAGGACGCACAGAAUCUGCGGAUGGGAGACCCUCAGAGACAGUCAGAAACCCUGGCAUUGCUGGGAAGUUCAAGCUGGCUGAGCCUCCAGUUUUUGGCAAAGACAUUAAUCUAAUCUUAGUUCUCAACAACCUCUCCUCUGACCGCAAGGCCGUGAGGGUGGACAUGAGUGCCUCCACCAUCCUGUACACCAGGAGAACAGUGGCAGAGAUCCUGAAGGCAACCACUUCUGCGGAGCUUGGUCCUAAACAAGGGAAGCAUAUCCGGGUAAAGAUCCCUUAUGCUCAUUAUGGAAAAUAUCUGACCACUGACAAAAGGAUCCAAGUCACUGCUCUGUGUGAAGUCAUGCGCUCGCACGGGCUGAAGCUGCUGGUAGAGAAGACAAUCAUUUUAGAGGACACAAACAUCAUCAUUAAGCUUCCCCGGAGGAUUGUGGUGAACAGAGCUGCGACUCUGGAGAUCUCCUACGCCAACCCCCUCCCCGAGCCCGUGAGCCGCUGCGUCCUCCUGGUGACUCUGAUGAACCAGCAGGUCAAGAUAAAUUUGGCACGACUGGCACCGAGGGAGAGAUCAAAAAUUUAUUUUGAAUUCACACCUCGGAGGAGUGGGCCCUUACAGCUGCAAGUAGACUUCUCUUGUGACAAAUUUUCACACGUUAAGGGAUUUGUAACCAUUGCAGUAGCACCUUCAUAA